GAAUACGUAAGUAGUUUACUGUUUGGUCGUUAGACGUCAAUCAAAAUAAACUUCAAACAAAAAUAAUAGAAACGAAACGUAAAUAAAUUAUUAUUAUUUCGAUUAAGAUAGAUAAAUAAUCAUGAGUACAAAAGAUAAAGAAGGGGGAGAUGAAGAAAAGAAACCUGUUGUAAUAAAAAACGCAACUGAUCUUCAAAGGCUAAAGUUAGAAAAACUAAUGAAGAAUCCCGAUAAGCCAGUUGUGAUUCCUGACGGGCCUAAGCAGAAAACCCUUGCUCCGCCGCCAGAUUUUGUACGAAAUGUAAUGGGAUCAAGUGCUGGUGCGGGUUCCGGAGAAUUCCAUGUAUACAGACAUCUUCGAAGAAAAGAAUAUGCGAGACAAAAGUUUAUACAGGAAAAGAGUGAAAAGGAAAAACUGGAUGAAGAAUAUCAUAAUAAAAUAGAAGAAAAUAAAAUUAAAGCAGAUGAAAGAACAGCUAAGAAAAGAGCCAAGAGAUUAAAGAAAAAACAGAAAGCAAAGGUCAAAGCAAAAAAGCCUAAAAAUACAGAUAGUAAUUUAACAGGCAAUCAAUCAGAUAGUGAUCAAUCUAGUGAUGAAGCGCCUGAAUCAAAUGAGAAAAACAAUGAUUGCUCCAAAUCCAAUUCCUCGAAAGAUAAUGAGUAGGUAGAAAUAUAAGAAUAUAUAUUUUUUUCAAUUUAA